CUUGCUAGCGUCGCGCUGCUUGUGCUUCUGCAACAAGAUGGCGGUCGUCCCCGAGAGCAGAGUCCUCACUUUCAGCGUCUUUAAAUGGAGCUCCUACUCCUCUACGUACUUACCCGAGAAUAUCUUGGUGGACAAACCUAACGAUCAGUCUUCCAGGUGGUCUUCGGAGAGCAACUACCCCCCACAG